ACGCCAUUAGUUUAAACCAUAUUAAAACACUGACUUUUUUUUUCAGAAAAACUGAAUGUUUUGUCAGCAAAACAUGUAGCCUUUGUUGCUUCUCAUACACCCAUAAAAGCAUUUAGUAUGAGAAUGUUUAAGACAAGUCUGACUGAAGAAGAAAUUUUUAGAACUUUCUAAACUUGCACCCUAGUUUCUUUUGAAACUUCAUCAGUUUUAUCUUAAUUUGGUUAGUCUGUGUUAGACUUCUUUCAGGAAAGAAAUUUGUGUUUGCUCCCCCACCAUGGAGAUUUGCAAUUCUGCCCAGCAUUUACAGGCUGCCAUGUAAAGAAAGUUGCUUUCAGGUCCCUCUGAAUGUCACCUCUUCCCCCCAGCCCAUCAGUUGCACCACUCGGCUUGGUGUCAUCCACAGACUCCUUGAGAGAGCACCCAGUCCCACUGUCUGUGCCCCGUUGCUGAAGACAGUAACUGGUAUUGAUCCCAAUAUGGGCCCUUGAGUGACACCACUCAUUACUGGUUUUUGCUUAGGGCACAGAGCUUCAACUCUUCAGAUGUGGUCAUCCAGCCAAUUCCUUAGCUGUCUAACAGUUUACCCAUCAAACUAUAUUUUUCCAAUCCUUCCCUUUUUCCUUGUUUUCUGUCUUCUGCCUUGUCAGCUUUGUAGGUCAUUGGAGUUUUCAUAGGCCAAUUUAACUCACUGGAAUAGCAGAAAAACUUGUGCUUUGCUGAGUUUUUUGCUUUCCUGUGAGUUCAGUUAGCUCAUGGAAAGUCUGAUGAGUAUGUGAGCUAUCAGGGAAGGUAGGGGCAGAGAAAUAGAAGACAGGACACCCCCUGUUCUGCAGUGAACUGUUAGAUUACCUCAUGUCCUCAAGGAAGCAUAACCAUAGCAUAAUUAUAAUUACAUAAUUAUGCCAUGUCCAUAGCAUAUUUUGCAUUACAUUUUUCAGUAUUCAGACUAAAAGAAGGAAAGUAGCAUAAAUGCUUUAGAACGCGAUCCAGUAAGUUUGAAAGUGCAUUCCUGUGUACUUCCGCAUCUGUAACGCACUUAUUGCACUUGGCUACAAUGGAUUGUUUCAGUACUUGGUGCAGCAGUCUUUUCCUUUGUUGGUUUUUUGGCAGCUUUGUUGAUCUCGUGCCCAGUUUUCACAGAUUGUGCAAAGAUCACCAAUAACUUCCUGCAAUGUUACAAGCUCUUUGAAAAGUAUAGGCAGGCCACUUAGUAUCACUCUGUAUAUCUAGUAUUGGCAGACCUGUUUUAUUUGCUUUUUGUGUUUAUGUCUUUGAACUGAAAGGAUAAUUAAUUUUUUUUAAAGUUGCUAUAUUCACAAGAGGAAUAAAAGUCUUUGCUCCAGUACUGUAGUACUAUUGCUGGGUGAUUAUAGCUGGGGGGAGAUAUUGUACAUCUCAGAACAGUAUUUAAGCUUUAAAAAGAAGAGCAGAAGUAACAGAGACUGAACAUAAUUGAAAAAACCAACUUGCUUUCCUUUUGAGAGGGCUGACAGGGAAAACAGGGACUUGCAAAGGAAUUAAAAGGAAUAACCUGCAGCUUAUUAGUGUUACUAACCUUUUAAGUGUGUGUUUUAUUUAUGUGGUGAGAAAUUUCUUGGAGAAUUUCUGUCAUGUAAGCUAUGUUUUUUAUUUACAAUGGAGAACAGAGACUGCUUCAGGCCAAGGAAUUGACUAAAAGUCCCUUGAAGAGUAAAGUUAUGUGUUUUAGGGUGUUAUCUGAUAUAACCUAUGAUAUAGGUUGAUAUCUGUACUACUUGUUAUUGUAUUUAAAAAAUCAGCUUCCUGGCUAGACUAAAUAUAUGAUAAUAUAGUUGAGUUGCAGUGUGAUAGUGCUGUUGCCACUGGGUGAAAAACUGGGAGUGCUUGCUUUUCCUUUAUAGUUCAGCAAGUGUGCAUACUUUUAGCUAAUUCAUCACUUUUCACCUAGUGUGAGCCCAGGACCGUACUGUUUCUUAUGCACCUUCUAGCAUUACUUUGAAAAUUAAACAUGUGCUCUGAGGCAUGUGCAUUGAUAUUUUUAUGCUCUUGCCUUCUAUUCUGUUACAACCACUAGUUUUAUAAGUCAGAGUAUACUGUCUCUAGAUGCUGCAGCCUCGUAAUUCUGAGAAGUGCUGCUGAACACGUUGAGAGUGUCAGUGUGACACACCAUCAUCUCAUUUUGACCCAGUCUUAAGUUGCCCUUGGGGUCUGAUUUGAAAUGAGUGGUUGCAUUGUUCUACUGUGCUGUUUUUAAUUGAUGCUCUGUUGGUUUUUAGCAUUCUGUCCAGUUCUGUAGGGUCUCGCCUUGCCAAAUAUUAUAAAUGCGUUUGGGUUGAACUGGUAUUGGCACUGGUCUCAAAGAAUGCCUUGAGAAAUUUCCCUUUUUGAAGGGAACUAGAAUCUGAGUUGAUGCUGUACUGUAUGAAAGGUUUGAAAGGACAUCAUGGUAUGAGAGAAGAUGCUUUUCAGUGGAAGUAUUGAAAAGGGAACAGUUGUGGCUGAAGGAAAGAUAUUACGUUGAUGAUUUUGCAGUUCAGCUUACCUUAAUUUCUCAUGCAUCUUGAAGAGAUACGUAUUUAUUCUAGUUAGUUCCACUGGAAGUCAGCAGGAGCAGAACUGGAUCCCUGAAGUUCUACCCCCCUGGUUUUGCUGGCUGAUUCAAGGUGUAGUUAACCCCAGUGCCAGUGAAAGAAUGGACUUAAGGAGCUGCCUUCUGAUGUGCACCUGGGUCAUACUAAAGUGGUGCUCCACAACUGAGUCUGUGUGUAUGUGUGAUAGGUGAGAAAAUUUUGACUCUGAAUUUAAGAGUCAUUUGAAAUAGAAUAUUCAGUGUCACUUGUAAAAUAUGCAGUGGAGUUACAUAGUAAUGAUAACUGUGGAAGAGCUUUAGUUUGCGAGGAAGACUAUAACAUUGUUAAAUUAAUAUUAGGAGAAAUUUCCAAAAAUGGCAGUAGCAGCAGAAUGCCCUUCUGUAGUUAAACAUUGUUAUGUUUGCAGGACAAACUUCUAACAGUUUAUUAUGCAAUAAAUUCACUGUCUUGAAAGAUGCAACAGUGGGGUUUUUUUGGUUGGUUGUUUUUUUAAUGGUCCUCAGCACUAACCUAUAGCCCUAUGGGAUCUUACUGUGGCCAUUUUUAAAGUUCAUUCUUUCUGAGGGUUAGAUGCAGUAAGGUGAGAUGCCCAGCAAGACUUCUACAUUUCUACACUUGGAAAAUAUGUGAGACCUUGUAGUGCAAAGAAUAGAUAAGCUUGCAAAUUCAGGAUUAAAGCAGUUAGAUCUAUUAUAUGACUUAAUUUAAAGUUUUGAGUUCAUAAUCUGCACUGGAAAAAAAGUAUUUUCCAUUAAAGAAAUACUCUUCUGAAUUCAUUUCCACAAAUUAUACAAGCUGCAUUAUUGUUGCUAUUUUUUGUUUCCCAAACUUCAGCCUAAUUUUUCUUUAAUUGUUUUAUUUACUUCUUAUUUUUCAGGAGUCUUUGAAAAAUCCUUAGUGGUCAUGACAUUGUUACAAGUGACAUAAGUUAGCCAGUGGCUCAGAAUGAUGGAUACCCAGAAGACUACAAAUGGUUUGCAAGUGAUUGGAGAAGGGACUGGUAUAGGGAAAUCGACACUCCACAUGGUGGGGUAUUUGGGAAAAAACUGUAAUCCUGUGGAAACAACUGCACAUGAGUAUUGUCCAGUCUGCAAAGAGAAGGGUCAGAUCCAAGCUCUAAGGACUUACCGUAUUAAUUUUCAAGAGUCCAUUUUUCUUUGUGAAAAUCCUCAGUGUAUCUACCCACUUGGUUAUAAACCAUUAGACAGCAUAAUUACUUCUGCUGGUUCAGAACAUCAUCAAGCUCCAUCUACUCAUAAGAAAAGAAAAUUGUGUGAUACCAGUGACUUUUCUCCUGUUGAAUCAGAUCCAAAAAAAGCAAGAACUAAUCAUCUGGUAAAUGCUGAGCAUGCUAUUAAUACAGACCCUAUUGUGAAAUGCUCUCAGAAUAGCUUCUGUAUUCCUAAGUCAAGCCUACGUGAUGUAUUACAAAAUGACCAGCAGAAACCUGGUAACAAUGUGGAGUCUUGCAUGCAGAAGGUGGAUUUUGAAACAACCACCAAGACCGACAACUAUCAAGAAAAUCCACCUAAGUCUUCUAGUCCCAGAAUACAAUCCUUGCCAAAUUCUGAACUUUUAUCAACAACAUCUGAAAUUUCACUGAAGGAGGAUAAAGGUUCCACUAAUAACACAGAUUUGUGUCUUCAGUGGAGAAACGUACAUAAUCUUUGUUGGUUAGAUUGCAUUUUGUCAGCACUGGUACACCUAGAAACAUUAAAACUUGCCCUAGCAGAAGAAUGUAACAAUGGAAAAUGUUUACUCCAGAAACUUCUAACAAAAUAUAGUCAAGCAACUAUGCUGCUGAAUACCUGUAAAAGGAGUAAAGUAAAAGAUGUUCUUCCAAAAGCAGAAUCUCAUCUCAAUGAAGUCAGAAACUUAAUGUUUACACAGCUUCAGCCUCGGCUUAGGUGUGAAUUGGGUAAUAUGGAGAAUCCAGUGUUUGCACUCCAUCUACUCUUAGAGUUGGAUCAACAAGCCGAGAAACUAUUCUUGCAUUCAUUUUCAUGGAAGUUUGAAUGUGUAUAUUGUGGCUACAAAUACCAGAACCGAUUUGAGAAAACACUAACAACAUUUGCAAAUAUAAUCCCUGAUUGGCAUCCACUUAACGCUGUUCAUAUUGGACCAUGUAAUAACUGUGGUGAUAGAUCUCAAAGACGACAGAUGGUUUUGGAAAAAGUACCUUCAAUAUUAAUGUUACAUUUCGUGGAAGGCUUGCCACAUAACAACUUGAAGAAAUAUUCAUUUCAAUUUGAGGAAGACACUUACCAAAUAACAUCUAUUAUUCAGUAUCAGACAGAUAAGAAGCACUUCAUAGCCUGGUCUUUGAAUCCUGAUGGAACUUGGCUUGAAUGUGAUGAUUUAAAGGGGCCAUAUUGCAAGAGACAUAAAAGAUUUGAAGUUCCUUCUUCAGAGAUUCAUAUUGUUAUCUGGGAAAAGAAAACAUCCCAUGUGCCAGAAGAACUGAAUUCACAGUUCCAGAGUAAAAAUAUUGAAGAUUUUCCUCUUAAUAACAUACAGUCAAAUUCCAUGGUGUUGCACUGUGAUUUUGAUAACACUGUAGGCAAAACACCUGCAGAACAGCACAAAGAGGAUUCUGUGAGAACCCCAGAGAAGAAACAGCAACGAGUAGCUGAGGAUGAAAGUAUUGUUCAUCAUGGUUUAGAAAAUCUGGCACACGAUGAUCUCGUAACACUGAUGCUUGAAGAAGUUCAAGUUGACUCGGAAGGUAAAUCGCUGCCAAAUGGACAGAUGGUGGGAAAUAACUUUAUUGUUGAAAUGGGCACACUCCAACAGCAGGAACCAGCUUUUUCACUUAACACUCCAUAUACAGGAGAGCUUGCUGGAACUGGUCUAGCCAUGAAUAAUAAAUGCAUGUUAUAUGAAAAUUCCAACAUUUGCUUACCUCUAGAAGAGUUGAACCCAGCAAGUAUUACUCCUCCUGUUCUCAAAAAACAUGACCCUGACUCAUCUGACUCAUCACUUGCUCAAAGAACAGAUGACAGAACUAAUUUAGUUAACAGAGAACAUGGAUUAAAUUCAGAACUACAGCUGAACAAGAAAUUGUCAGCAGUAGAGAAUACUAUACAAAAAUCACUUGACUCAAGAUAUGCAAGCAAAACUGUCAUUAAUUCUCAAGUUGACAGUUCUGCUGCGAAUAAUUCUGUUCAGCCUUCACACAAAGACCAAAAAAGAGGAUUUGUCGGAAGCUGGGUAAAGAAAUUAUUAAGCAAGAAUACUUCCUUUAUGCCUUCAAGUGCCUCAGUUCUCAAGAAUGAGAGAAGUUGCAAAACUCCCUCAAUGCAAAAAGUAAGUGAAGUGAGGCUGCCAGUGAAGGGCGCGAGUAACUUUGGUGGAUUUCAAAGCAGAGGUACAAACAAAACUGAGACCCCAAAGUCACUGGCUCCUCAGAGUAGUAAUAGUCAUCCUUUAUCAAAUUACAAAGGAUUUUCUCAAAGCAGUCGUCUUCCAACAGCAAGGCAUACCACUAUCGCAGGUCCAACUUGGAAUAAGUCAGGAAGUACACUGGGUACCUCAGGUAAAGUGACUCAGUGCCAUUCACUUGGCUGUAACUCUGGGAAGGCAGAAGAGUCAGACAGUGACAAAACAAAAAAACUUCGCCUGAAACUGUUAAAAAAACUGAAUGCUAAAAAGAAGAAGUUGGCUUCACUGGAUAGACUAGCAGGGGAACAAAUGAAACAGGAAAAACCUGUGAGUGGAGACAUAAGCACCCCAUCACAGAUUGAAUCUCAAAAUGACAGUGAAGUAUUGCAGAGCUUUUUAAGGGAACUGCAGUAUCAGAUUGAUGUCACAAAUAAUGAGUCUGUAUUUAAUACAAACUCUGUGUCAGGGUGCACUACCCAUAGUAACACUGAUGAAAUACUGGCAGAGUUACUGUCCCCUACUUCAACUGUUGCUUCCUUAGAGGCUCCAAAAAGUGAAGAUGAAUGUAUGUAUAUGGAGAUGGUGGAUAGUAGUGUUGCAACAACAGGGUCUGAUGAGAAGACCAGUGUGCCACAUGCAGCAGUGACAAGUGAGGACCACAAUUACUACAGUCCUGUAAAGGACACUAAUUUGGAACUUGAUGCAAUAAACAAACCCAGUGGGAAAAAACUUGCUUUCGAAAGUCCUACAAGGGAAGAUAUACUUGAAGACCUGUUCUCCAUUUCAGCACCAAGCUCAAUGGCAGGUGACAUAGAUUUACCUCAUUUUGAUGAAACCCUGUUUGAAACUUGGUAAAUAUUCGGUUUCUUGGUUUUAAGUGUUUUUUUUUCAGUAUUAUGUAUAUUUUGAAACAAAGCACUACUAAGUUAUAUUUUCUAACUAGUUUAAUUGCACACUGGCUGUACUUGAACAAUUUACAUUUGAGGUAUUUUUUUCCUUAAGAUUUUAUUGUAACAAGCAAAUCAGGUUUUAAUGAAUUUUAUUGUUCUGAGAAGCAGUUAUUUUAGUUGUCAGAUUUGAUGCUUUUUAAUGAGAAGCUCUUAUGAGUCUUAAUUUUUGCUGCUUUUAAUAUGGAAAACAUCCAUACUCUAGUGAGUUUGAGAAAUAAUAAACUUCAGUAGUCUUAAUGAUGCAAUGGUGUAAGAAAUAUUAUUUAUGUAGUAGUCAUUUAUUUUACAGGAUCACUUCUGAAGUUAUUUUGUCUGACAUUAAAAAAAAAUUUAAGUACCUUCUGUAGUCAGGGUAUUUUGCAUCCUUUGAUAUGAAGAUUGUUCGUAACAUUCUAAACUUGAAGCUGGCAUUCUCUUAGGCUGGCAUUCAGCUCUUUACAGAAUUGCUCUUCUACAAGCUCAUGCUGGUGUAUAUACCCCUUGGAUCCAAGAAGGGAUGGAUACAUGCUAGAAAUUUUCCUAUUUAAAGUUACAGCACGUACUGAGAUUUCAUCCUGGGUAACUGCGAAUGUAAUUUGGCAGAAUAUGCUUCUGAGCCAGGUUACUUUUUUAAGUAAAAUUAGUAACAUUCAGUCCAGAGAGCAUCACUAAGAAGGAAUAUCAGAUGUACCUUUUAGUUGUUCGUAGCUGCAAAAUCAUUAAUAAAACAAAGGUUUCUGAGAAUUAAUUUAACUGCAAGUUAAUGCCUAUAACUGUUGUAACUAGGACUUGGUCACGACUAGAGCAGUGCACCCCUGUCCAUAUGUGAGAGUGCCAAGGAGAGGCAAGGUCAAUAGGAAGAAAGUAAUGGGAAAAGGUAGCAAGACAGCAGUGAGUAAGCAGAGGGAUUCACACCUUGGUGUUUCAGGUUUUGUAUAGAUUUGGUUUUGCUAGAUGGGAGUAUUUUAAACGCAUAGACACAGCUGAGGGUAUUAUAUGCCAAGUUAGAGUAGCUAUACAUUUUUCUUGUUCUCAGAAAUAACAAAGAUUUUAUCAGCAGGUCUUUGUCUCAGCCAUUUUUAGAGGUGUUCUGCAUUUUUUUCAUUGUUUUGGAUUCCAAGUUCAAAACAUUAAGUCCUCAGUCUUACUAUUCCAAUAGGUGCAGUUGAACAUAUUUGUUAUUACAAGGCAUGGCUUCAGAUUUUAGUGGUCUUAGGUUGUUUGAACUAGGUUCAAAAACUGUUUGAAAAAUUGUCAGUGGCCCCCAGCUCUCCAUGUCAAGUUAUUUCUGCUGCAGUUGUGAACAUUGUCAUCAAACUGGCACUUCAGGCAGUGAAUGGUUUCAUUCUUGAAAUACAAGUCUUUGCAAAGAACUUGAGCUUCUUCUUUGUUUUAAAUACUGUAAUUGGUAAUGUUACAAUAGAAAACAAAUCAAUGGAUUCUGAAUGUUAAGUGCUGGUGCACUGCUGGUGAAAUGUUUGCCUGUUUGUGAAUUCCCUGAUCAAAAAAAAGCUGACCAAAAUUAGAGUUUGAUUUACCUAUUAAUAAAAUAGGUGCCUCUGCAAGACUUGA